AUGCCAUCACGAUUACCCGUCGCAGCAUCCUCCGAUAACACCCCUCCGCCGUCUCUUUCGGCACAUCAGGCAAGUAAUAUUCUGGUUCUCCUGCACGGACUAGGCGACACAGCUGCCAAGUUCUCCUCCUUUGGACGGGCCCUCAAUCUUCCAGAAACAGUCUGCUUAACAGUGCAAGCGCCAACACCACUGCCAGCUGGGCUGGUCGAUCAAGCGGCGUAUCAUUGGGGAAAUGAUGUCAUCUUCGACGAUGCCGGCGGCGGGUUGUCGAUGGAUGCCGGGUUUGAUCGAGCCAGACAGGUUAUUGUACGAGAUGUGAUCACGGAGACGUUGAUAAAGAAGUAUGGGUAUAAGCUACGCGAUAUUCUCUUGGUUGGGUUUGGGCAGGGUGGUAUGGCGGCACUGGAUGCUGCGAGGGAACUCGGCCUGCACCCUCCAGUUGAGGAGCUACCAGAGGCGACCAUCUCCCCCUCGUCAUCUUCAUCAACGGCAGAGUCCAUUGGGAAGCCGGAUUACCGUACUUCUUUGUCAGGUGUGGUUUCCUUUGGGGGCCCAUACCCGCUGUCCGCCAGCGCGGUUGGCCCAAAGGAUCGAACGCCUGUGUUGCUGCUCGCUGGACGGGAUGAUGGCAAAAGUGAGGUCAGCGAGAUGGCGGUGAAAAGAACCAAAGAAGCGUUUGAAUUCGUGGAAGUGCAUCGCUGGUCGAGGCGCGGUGAUGGAAUGCCUCGUAAUCGGGAGGAAAUGCUGCCAGCCAUGCAGUUUUUUGCCCGUCGUUUGAAAAGUAGAAAAGGCGUACCUGCUGGAAGCAUUGAGUUGACAUAG